AUGAAGGGAGAUACCGCCGAGGAGCUGAGCCGCAUCCACAACGCUGUCACCGCCGCAGUCAACGCACAGGAGAGCAUCGGACGUCCUAUCAACUCGCAUGGGAUGGACCUGUUCAACCACCUGGUCGUCGAACUGUUCGACGCACGCACUCGUCUCGAAUGGGAGUCAACCACUUCAGACUCCACCGAACCACCACAGAACGAGGCACUUCUCGACUUUAUUAGUCGACGAGUAUUGACGCUCAACGCCGCACGACCGAGGAGUGUCACAAAGGGACCUGGAGAAACAUCACGAUUCGCCAAAGCGCACGUCACGAAGCACCAAGGCGCGGAUUCACCUCACUGUGCACUGUGCCGUGAAAACCAUACCUUGAUGACGUGCAAAAGCUUCAAGGCCAAGACUGCGGUUGAGCGGAAAACGUUCGUGGAGACCAACCGACUGUGCUUCAACUGCCUAGGCAAUCAUUUCUUAGCACGGUGUCAGUCAAAAAAGAAUUGCCUCACCUGCAACGCACGACACCACACCAUGCUGCACGGGGCAUCCACAUCAACACCAUCCGCUGAGGCCACUUCACUUGCCACCACACUGGUCACUGCACGGCAAGCUAAGACGCACAAGGCCGUCCUUCUCGCAACCGCUCGCGUCAGGGUCGCUGAUCGAUACGGAUCACCACACGAGGUUAGAGUCUUGAUAGAUCAGUGCUCCGAGGUGUCCAUCAUCUCUGAGGCUCUGGCUCAGCGUCUUCGGCUGCCUCGAGCUUCAACGGAUCUGUCCAUCUUCGGCAUCGGAGGGACUCGCUCUGGAUCAGCGCGUGGCAAGGUCACGAUAGACAUCACAUCUGACGUGACCAAUGCCGAGCUUCGCGUGGUGGCCUUUGUGCUGCCGCGCAUCUCAUUGCAACAAGGCACCGCUCAACGUGAAGAUCGUAGCUGGCCUCACAUCCACGGACUUCGAUUGGCCGACCCGCGCUUCCUGGAUGACGAUCCUGCGGAGUUACUUCUGGGAGCAGAAGAACGCGAGCCAGUAGCUGGGACACCGCUCACCGCCGACGAAGCCAGGUGCGAAGACUUCUACGUGCGCACGGUCACUCGCACGUCCAGUGGCAGGUACAUGGUGAGGCUGCCAUGUACUUCACCGCCGCCGACAUCGCUCAGCGAGACUCGUCGACCCGCAGAGCGCCUCCUGGAAGCCAUGGAGCGGAAGGGAGCACGAGAUCCUCGUUUCGGUGACCUCUAUCGAGAUUUCAUGGAGGAAUACGAGAACCUGCAACAUAUGGAGCGCACACGGUCCGGAGAGUCGCUGAACGCACACCUCCUCACUGGAGCCAAUCUCUUGCCAACACUCGCUGAUGUCCUACUUCGUUGGCGUUGGCAUCGGUACGUUCUCGUCACGGAUAUCGAGAAGAUGUACCGACAAAUUCUUGUACAUCCGGAGGAUCGUCGCCUGCAAACCAUCUUGUGGCGCCACACCAGCUCUGAUGACGUCCACGAGUACGAGCUGAGGACCGUGACCUACGGGCUAGCGUGUGCACCCUUUCUCGCCAUCAGGACUCUUCAUCAACUCGCAGCAGACGAAGAGGCACGAUAUCCACGCGGAGUCAAGGCACUGCGACACGACUGCUACGUCGACGACGUGGUCACCGGCGCUGAUAGCUUGGAGGACGCUAUCGACCUUCAGCAGGAACUACGGAGUCUUUGCAUGGCGGGCGGAUUUCCUUUGAGGAAGUGGGCCGCCAACGAUCAGCAGGUGCUCACCGGAGUUCCACCGGAACAUCGGCAUCAACGCAAACCGCACUCAUGGGAGGGAGAGAGUCACGCUACCUUGGGCCUCCGAUGGCAUCCGCAAGGUGACUGGUUCUCCUUCACCAUACGUCCGCGUGCAAUCACCGACUUCACGAAGCGACGAGUUUUGGCCGAGACGGCUCGACUCUUUGACCCGAUGGGGUGGCUCGCACCUGUCGUCAUCAGAGCCAAAAUUCUGAUUCAGACGACGUGGCUUCAACGGCUGGACUGGGACUCCCCGCUGCCUGAUCAGGACGCACACCGCUGGAGGCAGUUGUUGAAUCAGCUUCCUCUUCUAGAUGACAUCCGCAUAACUCGCUGGCUCAACACUGGGACCGACCAUUCACAACUGCAGCUCCAUGGGUUUGCCGACGCAUCAGAGCGAGGGUACGCCGCCGUGGUGUACAUCCGCAACGCUGCAACAGAGAAAACAUCAAUCAACCUGUUGAUGGCAAAAUCCAAGGUCGCACCUGUCAAGCAGGUGUCGUUACCUCGCUUGGAACUCUGUGCAGCAGCUCUACUUACCACGCUCAUGCUCCACGUGCGCUCUACUCUCGAUUUGACAACGACGCCAGUGCAUCUGUGGUCAGAUUCAAAGGUCACGCUCCACUGGAUUCAAGGACACAGCACCCGCUGGAAAACCUUUGUCGCCAAUCGAGUGUCUCAGAUCCAGACCCUGCUGCCAGACGCUCAAUGGAGACACAUCGCUGGACGAGAGAAUCCUGCAGAUUGUGCAUCACGCGGUGUUACUCCUGACGAACUCAUUAAGCAUAAACUGUGGUGGACAGGACCUACCUGGCUGUCAGGAGACGAGACUGCAUGGCCUUGUUCCGUCAUCGAAGCCGCAGAGGAGGACCUCCCGGAGCAGCGAGCCACCAGUUUGGUGGUCAAGGCACCGAUCACGGCCGAACCUGACCUCCUCCUCCGGUUCCCGACGCUACAAAGGCUGCUGCGAGUUACUGCAUGGUGUCGGCGAUGGCUCAAUCCGGCGAGACGCGACGUCAUACUUGGCCGCACUUUGCAUCCGGACGAGCUGGACGUCGCCUUAUUUCGAUGGCUGCGAGUGGUGCAGGCGCUCCACCUUCCUACGGACGUAGCUGCGGCCUCUGCUGGACGCACUAGUCCACCGCGAAGCCACCUAGCGAGGUUGAGUCCGGUCCUCGAUGAUCAAGGCGUGCUGCGCGUCGGAGGACGUCUCAAGCAUGCUCAGCUACCACUCGACGAAAAACAUCCAAUGAUCAUCCCGGCGGCAUCAUGGUUGACUCGGCUGGUGAUUGAUUCCUGCCACCGACGGACACUGCACGGAGGUGUGCAACUGACUCUCGGCUUGCUCCGCCUGCGUUUCUGGGUGCCCCGAGGAAGGACCACCGUCAAGCAGCAGCUACACCGAUGCGUGACCUGCACUCGAUGGCGCGCCGCAACACCACAGCCUCCGAUGGGUAACCUUCCUCGGGACCGAGUAACGCCAACUCGACCGUUCCUCAGCACCGGUUUGGACUACGCGGAACCAAUCCUCCUCCGGACCAGCAAGGGGCGUGGACACCGUGCGCACAAGGGAUACAUCGCCGUCUUCGUCUGCUUCUGGUCGAAGGCCAUUCACUUAGAAGUUGUCUCGGACUACACCUCGGAGGCCUUCAUCGCCGCGCUACGCCGCUUCAUCUCCCGCCGGGGUUUGUGCGCUGAGAUUUACAGCGACUGUGGCACGACUUUCAUCGGGGCAGAUCGGACGCUGCGAGGUCUCUUUAACGCAGCGACAGCCGAAGCGGCCCCGCACUUUGGUGGUUUGUGGGAGGCCGCCGUAAAGUCGACCAAGUUUCACCUCCGUCGGGUGAUCGGCGAGACCACCCUCACGUUCGAGGAGUUGAGCACACUCCUCGCCCAGAUCGAAGCUUGUCUGAAUUCACGUCCGUUACAGGCACUCUCAGAUGAUCCAGAGGACGUCUCGGCGCUGACCCCCGGUCACUUCCUCGUUGGGGCACCGCUCCUCGCCUUGCCGGAACCGUCAUUGACAGAGCAGACGGUGUCCACCUUGUCACGUUGGCGUCAUCUGCAGCGGAUGAGGGAUCACUUCUGGCAGCGAUGGUCAUCCGAAUACGUGCACGGACUCGCCCCACGCACCAAGUGGCUCAAGGAUGCACCUGCACCCCACGUCGGCGAUCUCUGUCUCGUGCGCUCCGAGAUCACCCCUCCGAGCCGAUGGCCUCUCGCUCGCAUAUUGCGUUUGCACCCCGGAGACGACGGGAUUACACGCGUCGUGACCAUCCGAACGGCCACGUCCGAGCUCGUGCGCCCACUCGUCAAGCUCGUGUUUCUUCCGGGCGUGAACGACGCGCCUACACCGCACAUUGACACAUAG